GAAAGCAUGGCCCUGUCAUUGUCUUCUCCAUGUGGAUUCCCCUCUGAUGAAGAGGAGGAAAUGGCUGUGUUUGAGUCUACAGCAGCAGAGCAUGGGGGCAUGGCAAGACCGCGUCUAACUGAGAUCUCUGUUAUUUCUCCUGGCCUGGAGAGACAACCAUCCAUUAACAAAACAAAAGCAGCAGUGAAACGAGGAAGCUGCGAUGAGGGGGCCACAGAGAAGGUGAAGGUUUUUCUGCGCAUUCGGCCUCUGACUGACACAGAGAGCCAAGAGGAAGAGCAGGGUUGCGUUGCUGUCCAAGAUGAGGAGACUCUGCUGCUAAAAGCACCGAGGGAGUCGCAGAACAUGAGGACCGCAGAGAGGGGCAUCACGCAGAGCAUUCAUAAGUUCAGUUUCUCAAAGAUUUUUGGUCCAGAGACAACACAGCAAAAUUUUUAUGAAGGCACAAUGAAGAGAAUGGUAAACGACGUACUUAAGGGAGAAAACCGACUUCUCUAUACUUAUGGAGUCACCAACUCUGGAAAGACCUACACCAUUCAAGGCAGUGGUCGAGAGGCAGGCCUCCUCCCCCGGGCCUUAGUUUCCCUUUUUAGGAAGCUGCAGGGUCGCCUCUACAGUGCUAUGGACCUGAAGCCUGUUAUGUAUCAGGACGUGAGGCAGCUUGAGGCCAGUGAGAUCAAAGUGGAAGAAAUCCGAAGAAACUCUCUCCUCAAAGAGGAUGAGAGCCAGACUUCUCGCCGAGUUGGUACCACUACAAUCUGGGACAGUGGCGUUGGAGGGCUCUCUUCUACAACUGCCACCCAGUUUGAAGACACUGACAGCGUGUGCCUGGACCCGGAUAGCCUCUCUGUCAGUGGAGGGGACGACCUGGAGAAAGGGGUUCAGUUUUCCAUCUGGGUGUCCUUCUAUGAGAUCUACAACGAGUUCCUGUACGACCUGCUGGAAGCUUCCCCCUCCCUGCAGUCCAAAAAGAGAGUCACUCUGCGUUUAUGUGACGACAAACAGGGGAACCCUUAUGUAAAAGAUCUCGCGUGGAUUCAGGUCCGGAGUGCUGAGGAAGCCUGGAGGAUUCUGAAGGCCGGCCGGCGUAAUCAGAGCUUUGCCAGCACUCAUCUCAACCACAACUCCAGCAGAAGCCACAGCAUAUUCUCUAUCCGGGUCCUGCACGUCCGCCCAGAAGCCACCCCAGAUCAGCCCAUGCAUAUCAGCGAGCUGACGGUGUGUGACUUGGCGGGAUCUGAGCGCUGUAAAGAGCAGCGGAACGGUGAGAGGAUGAAGGAGGCCAGCAACAUCAACACCUCCCUCUUAACACUAGGCCGCUGCAUCACUGCCCUGAGGCACAACCAGAACAACAAGUCUCGGCCUCCUCAAGUGGUGCCUUUCAGGGACAGUAAACUGACCCGCGUCCUUCAGGGUUUCUUCUGUGGGCGGGGAACCUCGUGCAUGGUUGUUAACAUCAAUCCAUGCUCCUCCAUCUAUGAUGAGACUCUCCAGGCCCUCAAAUUCUCGGCAAUUGCCACACAGCUUGUCCAUGGCCCAUCCACAAAGACCAGAGUGGCCUACAUCCUGUCUCUACUUCAUCAGCCACCAACAAAUGGAAAUGAAAGCACAAUCAUGGAGGAGGAAGAUGAUGAAAGUGAUGUCGAAGACGGAGAUAUCACCUUGUUAAAUACUGAGGCUCUGCUGCAGGCCAUUGAUGUUCUGAAAAGAGAAGUGCGGCGUCAGCGGGAGGAGAAAGAGGUUCUUGAGGCUAACGUGAGAGAGCAGGUGGUCUCUGAGAUGAUGGAGGUCAUUUCUGGAAUGCAAGAAGGCUUCAAUGAGACUCUGGAAGCUGAGAGGGCCCUAAUUGAAGAGAGAUACGAGGACAAGAUAAUUAACCUGCAGAAGCAUCUGAAGAAGUUCUAUACUCAAGAGCUGAAGGAGCGUGAUCAGGAGAUUGAAGCCUUGGCGGCUCUCCUGGAAGGAAAAAAUAAGGACGAGGCCCCCUCCACGACGGCACCGGCAGGAGCUUCCGAGGGCCCCCGCCGCUCCCAGCGCCUCUCGGCUCAACCUGAGCCCAGCAGGCUGCAGGCCGAGCUGGACCAGUGUCGAGCUGACCUCUACUCCAAAACCAAAGAGCUGACACAACUGAAGACGCAGCUGGAGGUGCCGGGUUCCACCGGCGCCCUGACCGCCGCCGCCGACCGCAAGCUGCUGGAGGGCCAGCGGAACCUGCGGCAGCUGCGGCUGGACCUGCAGCGGCUGGGACUGGACCUGCAGUCCGGCGAGAGGGCCUGCUGCCGCAACACGGGGGGCGAGAGGCUGCGCCACACGUUGACCGCUGCCGAUGAGAAGCUAGCAAAACAGAAUCAGAUCCUGAUGGAGCUCCAGAAUGGCUUGAUGCUGGUUAAAGCAGACUUGCGGCGCAAAGCGGAGACCCUGGCCCAGACUCAGGCCGGUCAUUCCCAGCUGCCCCCGACAGGUUUCGCUGCCCCCAGCACGCCGGGCUCCAGCAAAAAGAGGGGCUGCGUGGCCACCGCUGCAAGUGACACUGAAAACCGGCCUCCACAAAAGCGCCCUCUGUUCCAGUCUCUGUUCCCGACACGCACCCCCACGCGUAAAUACAACACCCGCGCGGGGGAAGAAGCAAACUUUAGCCCUUAUUCACAGAUCCUGAGGUCCCGCCAGCAGUCUCCACCCUCCAGCCCCGUCCCCUCCGCCCACAGUCUCAGGAGGAAGUACUGA